GGGACAGAGCGCCAUCUAUCAUGUCAAUAGUGGCGGCUAUUCCGAAUUUGCCAGGACAUGUAAAUCUCUUGAUAUUUAUGUUGUAGAAAAUGCUUCAUGAAGUACUAUUUGCUUUGUCGGGACACUGUGGAGGAAUUUUCAAAAAUGACCAUGGGGAAAUUAAGGUUGCCAGUGAUCUUCCGUUCCUUUGUCCAUCAGAGGUAGAUUUACUGAACAGACUAUGCAAACUAGGAACUUACUACAAAGAUUUCAACGACUUCAUUCAGAAAUAUGGAGGAACAUUAAGUAUUAAGAAUUCAGUCAGUGGCCCAUGUACAACAGAUGAUAUUCAUGGAUUGUACCUGAAAUCUUUCUGUCGAGGUCUCGACAGGGUCCUAGAAAACUACCGCAUCAUCCUACGUAAGCUUGAAAUGGACGUGCUCAGUGACGAACACCUGCCUGUCACACAUCUCGUCAGUUUCCUACAGGAGUACCACAUUUUAUUUCCUGCACUAGCUUCAGUUCUGGAGCAGAUCACCAGCCACAAGGCACAUGGCUGCUACAUCCUGGACAUCCUUCAUAAGAACGCUGUGUGUGGUCUUCCUAUCGUCAGGAAUGCAUUGAACAGGAUCCUGUUUGUGUGUCAUGGCCUGCUGUACAAACAGCUAUGUUCCUGGCUCCUGUAUGGCUGUCUCAAUGACCCAUACCAGGAAUUCUUUGUACAAGUUAACAGCGAGGACUCGGGGAAUGUCAGCACCUUACCACCCCAGGAGGAAGAGGACGAUGAACUGCCCAUUCUAGGAGUCACUGGGAGGCAGCUGCAGAAAAUCCUGUCCCUGAACACGUUUGAGAUCAGCUCCAAUCUACACAGAUUUGCCCUGAGGGCCGAUUUACUGCCCUGUUAUAUCCCGGUAAGGGUGGCCAACAAAAUCUUGUUCGUUGGGGAGUCUGUACAGAUGUUCGAAAAUGAGAAGAAACCAAACUCUCUUGACAAAGGAAGCAUAUUAAAGAAUAAGGAGGAGGAUUUUGCCAAGGACCUCCAUGAACUGUCCCAGGAGGAAGAGUUCAACGCCAUGGCAUUCGAGUCUCUGAUUGACAAAAUAAGAACACAUGUGGCAGAGCAUCUGUACAUACUUGUGGUGGAGGAUGCCAACCUUGCUGGAGAGUUACGCAUCAUCAAAGACUUCUUUUUACUGGGGCGUGGAGAGCUAUUUUUAGCUUUCAUUGAUCAAACACAGGGGCUCCUGAGGGGACCACCAGUCAACACUACAGAACAUGACAUAAAUAUGGCCUUCCAUCAGGCAGCUCGUAAUGUACUGAUUGAUGAUGAGAGCUUGUUGCAAAGAUUCCAUUUAGGGGUGCAGUUCAAAGGCACUGACAAAAAGAGUGACAGUUCUGCUAGUGGCCAAACAGUGGAGUGUGGUUGGAACAGCCUCGGAUUGUCUUACACGGUUCAAUGGCCAUUGCACAUCCUUCUUACUCCCUCUGUUCUGGAAAAGUACAACCGACUCUUUCGGUUCCUGUUGGCCGUGAAGCGUGCACAGAUAGACAUCCAGCAUUGCUGGACACUACAGAUGCAGUACAAACAGAAACCGUCCAAUCAGGAGGAGGUGGCCAAAUGGCAGCUCCGAACACAUAUGGCCUUCUUAGUAGACAACCUACAAUACUAUUUACAGGUUGAUGUGAUAGAGAGUCAGUUCAGCACCUUCAUGGACAAGUUAACCUCCACCCGAGACUUUGAGCAGGUGAAGCUAGCACAUGACCAGUUCCUCUCUGCCCUGCUCUCACAAGGCUUUGUACACAUGAAAGCCGUUUCCCGAUGUCUUCACGAAAUCCUGGAGCAGUGUAGUCAGUUCAGUAAACUCCUGGUCAACUGUUCCUCUCCUCUCUCCCAGGGGGAACUCUCUCACCUACAGUUUAUUGCAAAGAACUUCCAGAGGCAGUCCAAUCUGUUGUUUACUGUGCUGUCUAGCGUACGGAGCCACAAUGCCAGCCCCCACCUGGCUCAGCUCCUGUUACGUCUGGAUUAUAACCACUAUUUCUCAGUGGCCGGGGGACAACUGGGCAGUUACUGAUGGAAACCUACGCCAUUCAACAAGAUCUUUUGGAUCGUAUUAUAGUGCAGAUGUAACUUUGUUAUUCUAUUGUUAUUAAACUUUUAUACAAUUAA